ACGACGAGGAAGUGAAUGUAACCUUUUUUAAACCAAAGCGCAGGCAUUCUGCACGGUGAAAGUUAUUUUAUAAAGUAUUAGACAUAACAAUGUAUUUUGUUUGGUAGUCUACAAGGGAGAUUACAAUGUUGGCGUGAAAAAAACAGCAAUGAAUAAGAAAUUACAGUCAUUUUUGACGCUGUGAUAGUUCAGCAAUGUGUUGUCAGGGCAAAAUGUUUACAUCGCUCUUGAUUUACACUCUUCUGUUGCCUCUUGGACAUGCGUCGUUACCUCUCGUUAUCAAUACGUGGCCAUUCAAGAAUGCAACGGCUGCAGCAUGGAGUGUCCUGCAGUCUGGUGGCUCAGUGUUGGAUGCAGUGGAGAAGGGAUGUGCCCGCUGUGAAAUGGAGCAGUGUGAUGGCAGUGUAGGCUAUGGCGGGAGCCCAGAUGAGUCUGGAGAGACCACGCUGGAUGCCAUGAUCAUGAAUGGUGAUACAAUGGAGGUGGGUGCUGUUGCAGACCUGAGAAGAAUCAAGAAUGCCAUUGGAGUAGCGAGAGCUGUGAUGGAGCGCACCGAUCAAACACUGCUGGUGGGAGAGUCAGCGUCUGUGUUUGCUGAAAACAUGGGCUUCAUCGCAGAAGACCUGACUACCAACAAAUCUCUGAAUAUUUUCUCACAGUGGCUGAAGGGUAACUGCCAACCUAAUUAUCGAAAGAAUGUGAUUCCAGAUCCUUCCAAAUCAUGUGGACCCUACAAGCCCAGGGCAACGCUGGAACAGAACAAAAGGGCACGGCAUGUUAAUAUGCGCUCUCACGACACCAUAGGGAUGAUUGCUCUUGAUACAACUGGUCAUGUGGCUGCUGGCACAUCAACCAAUGGACUAACUCACAAAGUUCCAGGUCGUGUUGGGGACUCUCCUAUUGUCGGAGCAGGGGCCUAUGCAGACAGCUCAGCUGGUGGUGCUGCCGCUACUGGAGAUGGUGACAUCAUGAUGCGCUUUCUACCAAGUUACUUGGCUGUGGAGCUGAUGAGGACUGGGGCAGAUCCCUCAGCAGCCUGUAAGACGGCCAUUUCCAGAAUCAAGAGGCAUUACUCCGAGUUUUUUGGGGCGAUCAUCUGUGCUAACACAACAGGCCAUUAUGGUGCGGCUUGUAACAAAGUCGAUGGCUUCUCCCAGUUCCACUUCAUGGUGUCAAACCCAGAGUCAGACACACCACUCCUGAAAUCUGUGGACUGCUUUUAAAUUGAUAAUGAUAGUAUGCUAUAUUUUUUAUACCAAUGGUUUUAACCCAUAAAUAAAUUGUUUAAUUGCGUUUUUUGACUUGUUUAGAUCCUUUAUUACAUUUAUCACAAGGCUUCCUCAUGAUAACU